AUGUUGUGUUAUUUCUUUCCUAGGGUAGACAAUGACUUCAGCUUUGAUGAUGCAGCUAUCAGUAAAUUUGGUUGUAUGGUCCAUUCAUUUGAUCCCAGCAUGAAGAUAGAGUCCAACAAAAGGGGAGAUAAGGCUUUUUUCUACCAUCUGGGAUUGGCUGAUUCUGACAGGACUUUAGCCAAUGGCUGGCCAAUGGCUAAGUUUGAAAGCAUACGAGCAAGUUUAAAGCAUUCAAAGACAAACAUCGCCAUUGUAAAAUUGGAUAUAGAAGAGUAUGAGUGGGAAGUUUUGCCUGACCUCUUGACCUCUGAUCAACUCAAGACUGUCAAUCAGCUGCUCGUUGAAGUGCACCAAUGUGAAGGUUGUUCUGUCUAUAACCCACAGCAGACAGACAAAGAACCAUCUAGAGAACACUAUAUUCACAUGCUGGAGAUAAUGGCUGAAUUGUACAGACAAAAGUUUAGAAUAUUUCACCACCACGCCAACCAAGCCUGCCGAUACUUAUCCAAGUUUUCCAUGAUUGAACGCACUGCAUGUUACGAGCUAGGGUUUGUUAGGGUUUCCUGAGUUGUGGUCAGUAGGGUUUGUUAGGGUUUCCUGAGUUGUGGUCAGUAGGGUUUGUUAGGGUUUCCUGAGUUAUGGUCAGUAGGGUUUGUUAGGGUUUCCUGAGUUGUGGUCAGUAGGGUUUGUUAGGGUUUCCUGAGUUGUGGUCAGUAGGGUUUGUUAGGGUUUCCUGAGUUGUGAUCAGUAGGGUUUGUUAGGAUUUCCUAAGUUUUGAUGAGCUGGGAUUUUUUAGGAUUUUCCUAAAUUUUGACCAGCUGGGAUUUGUCAGGAUUUUUUAUGAGCCAGAACAUUUUAAAACUUAGAAUGACUUGUGUCUGAUGAAUUGAGUCAGGGUUGGGUUGAAAUGAUUUGGUUGGGUUUCUCUGAGCUGUGUGUUGGAUAGAGGUCAUCUUUCAGCUCAUCUGUAAUUAUAACAUUAUUCUCAACUUGCUAGUGUAGUUUCACAAAUGUUUUACUGGUGGAAAAUGGUUAACACUUGCAGACUAAUUUUAAUCAUUGAAAGCCAUUGUUUAGUCAGAGCAUUAGAGUUGUGGUUAUGAAUCAGCUGUUAUAUAUUUUCCAUCAGUCUCAAAUAUUCAGAUGUCACAUGCACAUUUUUUUACCAUCACCUCAUGUCAGAGGUCAAAAGGCCAACUAUCUGCACAAUGAAAAUGAGUUACAUCACUUACAUUCUAAUUAUAUUACAGUUCUGUAAAUAGUCUGAUUUGUUGAGAUUUUUUGAUGAAAAUCUAUUUAUGCUGUUUAUAUUGUUCCAACUGAGUUCAGACACCAACUACUAUGGCUGCUACUCAGCUCUUUAAACUAGUCUAGAUUUGUUGUUUGAACUGCCUUUCUGUGAAUAAUAUUGGGCAGUUGGUUUAUUUUGUGUGACAUGUUUAAACUCAUCUAUGGCUAAAAAAUGAUAUUUGAAAUAUUGUGUUUACAUUAAGAAAGUUUGAUUAUAUAAUACUGUAGCUAUCAGCUUUGCCAGUAUCAACUUAAAGACUUACCUCACAGAAAUAUUAAUUUAAUCAAAUUUUAAUUAUUAGAUUUUUUUCCCCACAGAUCCAUGCUCAACAUUUAAUUUUUUUAAAUUCAAAAUAUUUGAAAUACUCACACACAGGUGAUUUUUUUUUAUUAUAGAAAUAUUUGUUGGCUAAAAAUUUGAAUCCUUUUGUGAUUUUCUUUUGCUUGAAGCAAAUACAUUAUGUUUAUAAGUGUUUUUAUUUAUUUAACUCAAGGUUAAACAGUCUCUGCUAGUUAUUAUAGUAGCCAGCCCUGUUUUAACCAAAUCUCUUACAGUAUUACCAGAUUACCUUGAUUGGUCACAAUUUGAUUGACUAAAAUUUAUUGCCAUGUGAGACAUUGCUUCAUUCAUUCAUACCUGUUGAUGAUUACAAAUAUUUUAAAUAAAUUUGGUGAAAUUUUUAGAGAGGUACAAAAUGUUUUUGGGUAACGCAAACAUGAAAAGCAGAUUUUAGGGUUAGCAAUGCUGCAUUUCACCAAAGACCCUGUUCAGUAUUCAAAACUAAUCCUCAUUGGAAAGCCAAGCUUUUUUUUUUUGUUUACUUCUUCCUGAAGCUCAUCAAAUUUUGCUAGGUCUGUAGGUAGGCUACAGCACAGUUUUAUAUUGACUGACAAUUGUAUUUCAAUACUUUCUAUACCAAAGUUUUCAAUUAUUGUUUGAAUGUGUCAAUACUUUGUUACAUUUUCCUUAGAAAACAGAACUGGCUGAUCCUAGAAUCACUUGCAAAAUGUAACCAAUGAUUCAAUUUUUUGAUCAUUUAAAACUGAGUUCUCUGUUUGCCACCCUUCAUUAAAGUGUAUGUCUUAUUGGCGUGUAUUUAUCCCUUACAUUAACUUGGUUUAAAUUCCAAUCACAAUUGACUUAAAUAUGUAUUGUAGCUAUCAGUGAAGUUUAAAAUAAUGGCCAUCACCAGUCUGUUAAACUAAGUUCCUAUAAUCAAAUCUUCCAAUGCUACAUGCUCUUCCAAUGCACAUGUUUGAAGCAUUUUCUUGCCAAAAGUAUAACACCCAACAACUGAAUUUAAUUGCUAUUUCUGAUAUAUUAGAAACAAUUAACAUAUUUUUGGUUAAUUGUGUAAUCAAUUAAAAUUCUCAUAUUUAAAUUUUUAAUAAUUAAUAUUCAGCCGUAAUUGUUAUCAACUCAGGAUAUAACUAAUAGGUUGUAUUUCUUAUUUUUAAAACCUUUGGUACAAUGUGUUGAGAUAUUAAACUGUUAUGGUAGUUAGUAUUGCUGGACAGCAGUGGGCAAUACUAAUCAUUGUAUGGCCACAGAUAUGUCCCUAUGAGAGUAUGUCAAUAGAUCUGAAUAGCAACAUACAAACUAUUUCAAAUAAUACUUGUAAAAAAAAACAAUACAUUCUCCACUCAUAGAUCUUGAAAUAAAAGUUUGCAGAAACUUAUCAUCAUUACCAAAUAUUGUUGUCCAACCGGUCUAGAUUUUGUUUACUUACUUUUUGUCCUGAUGUAUUUGAUUCAUCCACCAGUAUUGGAUGUAAAUGUAGUCGCUGUUAAUUAUUUAUGACAAAAAAAAGUGAAUUUCUGUGGGUCUUGUAUACAAAUACUUUGAUGAAAUUUUUCGACAAAUUAUUGAACCUCCUGCUUUAAUUGUUUUAAAUAAAUUGUUCUAUUUAGUGAUUCAUGAUAUCAUAACAUUGUGAAUCUGUCACACUACUGUUGGUUCUGUACAUAUAUUUGUAAAUAAAUAUUUAUUAAUUAAAGUUAGCUCAUGUUUUAUUUUUGAUAGUACAUUUAAAAAUGUUUUUAAAAAAAAUUAUGUUUAUCAAAAUAUUAUCUUUGCAAUUAAUUAAAAAAUGUAAUAGAAAAUUUGUAUUGUAAAUACAAAAGUGGGAUAAGUCAGAUUGAUUAUUUUUCAAUUUUUCCUAAAGAAAUAGGCUGUCCAUUCAAAGCAGAGGUGUAAAGGUGAUAACUCUGAAUUUUUUUUUUUAAAGGAGAUGUAUCGCAAACAUGAAAAUGUUUCACAACUUGCCAGAAACUGAAUGUUUUAUAAUUUUUAUGAAACUGUUCUUUUUCAUAAUUAUUAAUCUGUCCAUCUUAGCUUAGCAGAUUCUUGUUGAUAGAAAACAAAAUGUGUUGCCUAAAGUUGCCAGAUUGACAGGUUUAACUUGUUGGCCAAAGUAUUAUUUAAUUCUUUUUUUUUUAUGUUUGGUCCUUUGUCCAUACUCAUGUAAAAAGAUUUAUGGACAUUAUUGAUUUGGGAAGUUUCUUACAAAAUGUUUCCUCCCUUUUAAGUUGGCCCAGCAGGUUACCUCGGGCAGUUGAUUAAUUUUGCUACACACUCAUGAUUAUUACUCCUACCCUACACCCUCCUUGGUGUAGUGAGGCUGCCUUUAAGUGGGCACUGGUAGUAAACCAAAUUAUCUUUGUGCACUACAGUAUAUUAAAUGCAUGUAUAUGUUAUAACUUGACACCAAAUUUUACAAAUGAAAAUGACAUGUUGUAUGUUGAAAAAGUAUAUGUUGAUACACCUGGGUGAUAUGUAAAUGUUAUGUGUAGUUAUGGAGGGAAUUAGAAAUAUUUUUUGUAAGUAUUCCUUACAUCAAUUACCUAAUAAUAUGAAAGUUCUACCACUUUUUAAUACACAAAAUCCUGUUAUGCAGUAGUAAUUCUUUGAUGAGAAAGCAGAAAACACAUUCCAUUUUUAUAUUUUUUCUAUAAUGCAGAAAUUUUUGGAAUUAGUGGGAAUGUAGGUGGUGGUCAAUUAAAUAUGUUCUA